UGAUCAGCUGUGUCCAAUCACAGCUGAUCACAUGUACACUGAUCAUCAGGGCACUGAUGAUCAGUGUGCCCUGAUGAUCAGUGUGGCCCCAGAAGUGCCACCUGUCAGUGUCCAUCAGUGCCAGCAGUCAGUGCUCAUCAGUGCCACGUGCCAAUGUCCAUCAGUGCCACAUCAAUGCCACAUAUCAGUGCAUACCAGUGCACAUCAAUUCCACAUAUCAGUGCCCAUCUGAGCUGCCUUUCAAUGUCACCCAUCAGUGCCAGUCAGUGCCACCUAUCAAUGCCAAUCAGUGCCACCUAUCAGUGCUGCCAAUCAGUGC